GUAAGUUAUGCAGUUGCAGAGGCCGUUAAUGUGGCCGCCGAAUGAUAAUCGGUGUCAUCGAUCGCCAUGUGACUCAGAUGCCACCAGCAUAGUGACAUAUUUUCGAAACCCAGUCUCGAAAACUGACCCAUCCGAGACCUUGACAUUUGGAGCGAGACGAAAUGAUAUUAUUGGAGCUUUUGCGGACGUAGAGUCCGCAUGAAACGGGAUGCAAACAUGUUUAGCAUGUUUAAGCGAAAGAGCCGAAAGAGCUGGAUGUGGUCGAAAUACUGAUAGAGGAGUGAGUGGCUAUAAAAGCCAACUGGCCGAUCCACUUCCAGUUCACACGCGCUUUAACUCUCGCUUUCUACGCUCUCCAAAAUCUCAACCAAAAUGUGCAAGAUUCUUCCUCUCUUCGUCCUCGCCGUGGUAGUGGCCUGCUGUCACGCUCUUCCCGUGGAGCCCGAACGCGAACCCGUGGCCAUCCUAAAGUCCGAGAUCAUCAAGCAUGAGGAUGGUAGCUAUGACAGCGCCUACGCGUCAGCAGAUGGAACCUCGCGCAACGAGGAGGCUGUUGUGGUGGACAAGGGUACCGACGAGGAGGCUCUGGAGGUCAAGGGAUCCUACAAGUACAUAAACGAAGAUGGCCAGGAGGUGGAGGUGUUCUACACGGCGGGAAAGAACGGCUUCGUUCCCUACGGCAGCAUUAUCAACCCGGAAAUCACAGCCGUAGCUGAGGCAGCCAAGGAUCUGCCCAAGGAGGUGAAGGCGGAAAAGCCCUAAAAAGUGUUUCCUGAAUAAGAUCUCGUAGAAGUUAGUAAGAUAAACGACAAGUCCCAAGUAUUAUCACUUGGCAAACUAAAAUAAAAGCCAACGCGACUGCGAUAGAGUUGUUUUAA